AUGGAAGGAGGAUCUUCUCUGUUGAAAAUGGAGUGUUUGGCGGAAAAUGAGGAGGGAUGCGCUCUUCCAGAAAAUCUCGAAAACGGAUUUUUCCACUGCCCAAAUGGCCACUUUGCCAAUUCCCGCUGCCAAAUCAUCUGCAACAAUGGCUUCUCUCUUCCCUCAGGAACAAGAUCAGCCGUCAAAUGCACUAAAAGAUUGGCAUGGAAUGCAGACAUAGAAAAUAUCCGAUGUCAACCGGUCUUUGGUUCUGGUGGAGAAAGAGGGAUCGUGAUGGAAACAGGGAGUUUUUGCGAUGCGCCAGAAAUUAGUCAAGAGAAUUUUGUCGGAGAAUUCGAAUGUGAAAGUGGAAUUUACGCUGAUCGAUCAAAAUGUCUUUUGAAAUGCCCACAAGGCUACGUCUCUCAAACCAAAUCACCGAAACAAAACUGGAAAAAAUGCCGCUGCAAGAAAUCUGGCGAAUGUCGCUGGAGCCGUGAGCAGUCAAUCGGAUGUGUCAAACUUGGGGGCACGGUUCAAAAGCCCGAGACUUCAAAUCGACUCGAAGGGCGGAGAAAAAAGCCUUCGCCACCGGUCAUAAGCAAUCUUCUCAGCGAUGGGAUCAGAAUAUUGAUAAAAGAAAUCCAUUCUUGGAAAUACCACGCAAUGGAUCUUUCUCCAGAAAAUAGUCUUCUUAUCGGGCAAGAAAUCGAAGAUGCGAGAAAAUUUUUCCAUUAUGCCCAAAUCGAACAGAAUAAUCAUCAAAACGAAGUUCUAGAAAGAAAAGCGUCCAAAAUCUUGCUGAAAAUAAGAACACCUGAAGAGUUAAACAAUUUUAUUGAUUUUUAUUUGCACUGA